UGAUAGAUUACCAUCAUGGUGAAGGAAAAUAUAAUCGCGUGUUCAGUGCUAGUGCUACUUAUGUUCCUCCUUGGUGGGGUUAGUUCUUUUCCUGUUCCUGCACAACCAUUCGUCAAUACAGGAGGAAUAAAAAGCGAUGUGAUAGUUACCCAGUGGCCUUCAACAAAUGAAAAAAGUGAUCUCAAGGAAGAACUCCAGCCUGGAUGGAUGAAACGUCAGCUCAUCAACUUCGGAAAAGCAGCAAGCAGAGUUGGAAACAUGAUGGGUUCUCAUGCCACUAAAAUUUCGAUUGCUUUAGAUAAAAUCUGUGAAGUUAUAAAAACAGUGAUACCACUUCUAGCUGCUGUUUGUCACGUGGGGCAGUUUGGAUUUUGUGCAGCGACAAACGAUGCACCAGCUGACCUUUCGGCUGCAAUUUCACCAUCGAUGUUGAGCGAAUUGGAUCGUUGAAAUUUUGAGAAAAUGUGGACUUGAUGUUGAUGAAAUUAAAAAUAAAAAGAUCAAAAUA